AUGGCUGACUGUGUAAAAUGCCAAAAAGACCAUUAUCCAAGCAAAGGUCAAGAUGGAUGCAUCCAUAAAGUUAUAACCUUCUUGUCAUUUGAAGAACCUUUAGGGAUCAUUUUAACCCUAUUAGCAGCAUCUUUUUCCCUUAUCACACUUUUAAUUUUAACAAUUUUCGUUAAGCACAGAGAUACAGCCAUUGUCAAAGCCAACAACCGAGACAUCACUUAUGUUCUCCUAGUCUCCCUCCUGCUCUGCUUCCUCUCUCCCUUGCUAUUUCUUGGAGAACCAAGCAAUGCAACCUGCUUUAUUCGUCAAGCUGCUUUUGGUAUCAUCUUUUCUUUGGCCAUUUCUUGUGUGUUGGCCAAAACUAUCACUGUGGUGGUAGCUUUUAUGGUCACCAAACCUGGGUCCAGUUUGAGGAAAUGGGUGGGGAAAAAACUAACCAACUCAAUUGCCCUUUUUUGCUCCCUUAUUCAAGCAACCAUUUGUAUGCUGUGGCUAACAACCACUCCCCCUUUUCCAGAUUUUGACAUGGAUUUUUUGAUUGAGGAAAUCAUAGCAGAAUGUAAUGAAGGGUCUACCACCAUGUUUUACAUUGUUCUGGGCUACAUGGGACUUCUGUCCCUCAUCAGCUUGACUGUGGCUUUCUUUGCAAGGAAGUUGCCAGACAGUUUUAAUGAAACCAGAUUUAUCACCUUCAGUAUGCUGGUCUUUUGUAGUGUUUGGAUGUCCUUUGUUCCAACCUAUCUGAGCACUAAAGGGAAGUACAUGGUAGCUGUGGAAAUCUUCUCUAUCUUGGCAUCUGGUGGUGGGCUAUUGCUUUGUAUCUUUUCUCCGAAGUGUUAUGUGAUUGUAUUUAGGUCUGAGCUGAACAACAGAGAGCAACUAAUUAGGAGGAAGAAUUAA